CCGUCCUGCUCGUGCGACCCGGAGCCCCUCCUCCCUGGUUCGUCAGUCCACCUCCGCCUCCCAGCCAUACAGGCCACUCAACCAAAACGAGGUCAGAUUCUCAAUCUCCACUCGGAAAUCAGUACCGUGGUCAUCUCCGUCGCCGCCGCCUGCCGCCGCCAUCGCCAUGGCUUUCGCUCUACGGGCCCUUCACCACCGCCUCCCCCGCUCUCUCCACCACUCCAAUCCCCUCUCCACCUCCGCCUCAUCCCACGACCUCCGCGAGCUCCUCCGCAUCCAACGCAUCCUCGGUGACCCCGCAGCAACCACCCAACCCCCGCAAACGCAACAACGCCCACUAGCCUCCAGCACCACGGACCUGCACCGACUGCUCCACCGCGCGGCCGGCCUCAGCACCGCCGAGGCCACGUCCCUGCUCCACCGCGUCCCUAACACCCACCGCCUGGGCCACCUUCUCCAAGAACUUCGUGGCCUGCGCCUCCCGGCGGACGAGAUCAAGAACGCCCUCGGGUCCGACCCCGACGGGCUCCUCUCCAUGGAGCCGGGCGAGCCGUCCCGCCUCAUCGAGCUCCUGGACGAGCUCCGCUGCCGGGCGCCCAUCAAGGACCAGGUCCUCUCUCACGGCGUGCUCAGCGCCGCAAUCGCCACGAGGCGGCGGGUAGAGCUCCUGCACGAGCGCGGGCUGAGCCGGCGGGACGCGCUGAGGGUGAUCUCCGUUGAGCCCAGGGCAAUUUUAUAUAGCCUGGAGGAUGUGGAGAGGAAGGUGGAGUUCUUGGUGGGCAGGAUGGGGUUUGAGAUCGGUUGGCUGGUGGAGUACCCGGAGUUCUUGGGGAUAAAUCUCGACAGGUCGAUCGUCCCGCGGCACAAUGUGGUGGAGUAUUUGGCGUCGGUGGGUGGGCUUGGGGACCCCAUUGAGAUGAGGCAUUAUGUGAGAUUCAGCCGCCUCAAGUUCUACAAUCUGUUCGUGAAGCCAUACCCGGAGUGCGAGAGGAUUUUCGGGGGCCUAGUCAGGGAGAGAAAGGAUGAGGUGAGGCGCCAGCAUCCGGUGGGGUUGUGGAAGCUGUUUAAGCCGGCGAAGUAUGAGAGCACUGAGGAGAAUGUGAAGGACAUGAAGUUGGUUGUUGAAUCACUUCAUUAGCUCUGUUCAGAACACCAACUGGUACCGAUUUUGAAUGGGGCUGCUCAUGAUUCUGGGGAUAUUUGUGGUGGUAACAAUGUGGUUCGUAUUGUGAAACCGUAUGUUUGAAUUGCAGUGUACUGCAUUCUGCCAGCAAAAUCAAAAUGUCAUCUGUGCUGAUCAAACAUGGAACCGAUUGGAAUCUGCAAGAUUAAGUAAAUCGAGUCCUAGGCUCCUAGCUUAAGAUGAGGUCAAUUACAAUGACCCCAUCAUGAGAGCUGGUCUCAUCAGGAAGCAAACAAGAUAAUAGUUUGAUGAAAUCUGGCAACUUAUGGAAGGCUCAUCUCAAGUUACCAACAAAUAGGUAAGAGAGGCAGUCACUCUUUCUAUAUUUUGAGUAAUCAAUGAUCAUCGGGGGAUAAUACUCGAUAGGUUGCCAAAAUGAUUAUUAAUGUUGGAAGACUUGUGAACUUGGUGGUCUUCUUGGAGAAAGGUUAUUGUGAUACAAAUUAUAUAGGCGGCUAAUUUUUCACCUGAAGUUUUCGCAAAAUCAAACUGAAUGAAUAAGCAGAUGACAUAAUGUGUGCUGUUUUGCUUGGAAUUUGUGUACGAAGAUGGCAGAUGAUAGCAAAAAGUGAUGGAUCUGGAAGAAGAAAACAGCAGCGAGGCUAAUACACAGUUUUAAUAUUGUCAUUAGAAGUGAGGAAAAAAUCAUAGGUACUCAGGUAGUAUGAUUUUGUUGCUGGUUCUUGCAUGAUCUGUUUAGCACAGAGGAUGUAGGAUUUGUAAAAUGGUCAUGCUUCCUAACUUGUAUCUGUUGGUCAGUAAUACUGUAUAACAGGGUUGACAUUCUCUCCACCUAAUGUGCUAUAGAUCCUAACUCUUUCUCUAUUA